GCUUCAAACUCCACCAAACCACUUCGUCAUGCUCGGCAGUGACGCCAUCACAGCGCGUCCUCUCUCCAGACAGUUCACGGUUUGAUUCAACGCUUCAGUCCUUUGUGUUGUCGUCGGGGAGCCAGUCGACUCGUCUUUUUACACGUCGUUGUGAAUUUUACCGCGUAGUUCACGUUAAUUCAUUAAUUCAUCCCGACAUGGAGACCGGAGAGGCCGGAGAGGAGAAGACGGGCUCCGUGUCUGCGGCGCAGAGGAGAGCGGAGAUCCGGAGGAGAAAGCUGCUCAUGAACUCGGAGGACAGGAUGAACAGGAUCGUGGGCUACGCUAAAAACGAGUCUGAAAACAACGCUGGAGUGUCCCGGCGUCCCACAGAACCCCACUUCCACCUCGACCUCGACAGGACGGAGCCGUGGUCGUCCUCCUCGUCUUCCCCGAGACCCUCUCCCUUCCUGCCAGAGGCUUCGGGGCUUGGCAGCCGCUCUCACAGUGCCACCCCAGAGCGGAGGGGCUCACCCCUGCUAGGCUUCAGUGAGCCAGCGGGAGGCUCUCUGGAAGAUGACAUCGGAGGGAUUCGACAGAGACCGAGGGGGGAGCGGGUGUCGGACGAUCUCAGCGGCUCUCCGCGUCGAGGCUUUCAGAAGUAUCUGUCCCGUUUCGAUGAUGCCAUGAAACUGCGGGGUCAGCUGACAGAAGAGAAGCCAGCCCAGGACCAGGGCUCUGAAUCAGAGGAGUUUGAUCCCUUCAGAAUCUUCAGGCUCAUCGGCAGCGUCCUUCUCGCUGUUUUUGUCAGGAUGUUUGUCUGCAAGUAUCUGUCAAUAUUUGCUCCAUUUCUGACCCUUGAACUGGCCUACAUGGGGUUGUCCAAAUAUUUUCCAAAGGUAGAGAAGAAGGCCCAGACCACUGUGCUGACUGCUGCCCUCUUGCUGUCCGGCAUACCCGCUGAGGUCAUCAACCGCUCCAUGGACACCUACAGGAGGAUGGGUGACGUCUUCGCCGACCUCUGCGUUUACUUCUUCACGUUCAUCCUCUCACAUGAAAUCCUGCAGCUCUUUGGUUCAGAGACUCCCUGAUGGACCAGAAGAAUCUCAAUAACCCCAAUCCUACCCCCUUCUUGAUGUCCUCUCCCUAUGUCUCCCAUAGCAACAAGGCAUGGUCAUUUACGUCAGCUGAUUUGGGUUUGUUGUCGUCAGUCUGCAAAACGAAUCCUUGCUGUCUUAUGAUCAGGGCUGCACGUCAGCUCGACGAGUGCUCAUUAAUUCAAGGCUUCAGGAUUCCACUAAGGCUAAGCUACAUGUGACCAGAGAGUCUAGAGUUUCUUACAGAGCUCUAAGUCAUUUUGCUCUGGACUGAAGCUGAGAAACAGAAAAACAGUAUGUGUUUGUGUGAAGAAUGUACAAUGGCGUUUAUCAUUCUGAGUGAUAUUUAUUUGGCAGGUCCAGCAUAGAAAAUGAUAAAUGUCUUAGUGGAGUGGCCAACAGUGCAGUUCAUCAUCAGUCUGUCAGCCACAGGCUCAAUUUAACUUAUGAAUGGGGAAACACUAGAGUCCUUCAGGGGUGGUUGAUAUUUCUGAAAGUGCCGUUACAUCUUUAAUUUAUAAUAUGGCCAGUGUAUGCUACAAAAUAAUCAAAUUAGUGUUCAGUCUCAUUGUCUCUCAGUUAUAUGCAUUACAUCAGUAAAAACUCUUCAAAAUCUGUAAUCCAGAAACUUUAACGAUGCUAGUUAGACGGUUUAACAGUAAUGUCACGAUGUACUUGAGUACAUUUCUACAUAACAGAAGCAAGGUGAGAAGUUAAACCAAUAGAGAGCAGCAAAAACAUGAUUUCCAGCUACUGUUACGUUGUUUGACGGAAAUUGUUUUCACAUGGGAUCAUUAAUUUAAAGUGAGAUUAUGUAACUUUUGCUAAACAGUGGCCACUUUGGUCAUAAGCAGCAACUACAGGAUCAUUAUAAAUGCUAAAAUGUAGUGCAACAGUAACAGUUUAGAUUAUUUAACAUUAGGCACCAUGAUGCAUUGCUCUUACAAAAAAAAAAACAAUGCUGCAUUUUACUAUUUAUAUGAAGUCAGCUUUAUAUUUCAAAAAAUCAAAAUGCAUAAACUGGGUGCAUAAACUGUGCACGGUGGUGUCAUAUUCUCAGCGAUCAGCAGCUGUCUGACUCAGCUGUAAAACCAAAUCUGCUGGUAAAAUUACAAGAACUGCUGGAGAAAUUUGGAGGUAUCUGAUCUCUGGUUUACCCCACUAUGAAUAUCUAUUGGUCAUACUAGUGAGCCCUGCAGUGCAUCAGGCAGGGUUGGGGUCAGCAUUUUCUGUUCAUGUCAUUCAAAACCUAAAUCUAAACUUUGGGUAAUUUGAAGUGGGAUUGUUGGGCUCAGUUGAGCUCGGUACAGAAGUUAAGCUAAAAAAAAAAAAAAAACCCCAAACAACAAAUAUUAUUUAUGAUAUACUAGACUUUAUUGGGGAAAUAAAUGUAAAUUUACCUUGUAGAACACAAGAGUUGCUGGUCUACAACUGCUUUGAUUAGUUAGUUAGUGUUAUUGUGUGACUUUUUGUUGUGGGAUCCAAACUAAUGUUAGUUGCUCAAGAUGGCAAUAUACCAGCAACUCAUGUUCUGCAAGGUAAGAUUAUAUAUUUCUUUGUCAAGGUUAAAGACUGGUAGUUUUGGAGAAAGCUACAUAACUACUACACUUUAUGUUGGAAAGGACCGUCUGAUGUCACGGUGGGAAAAUAUUCGAAACCUUUUCUUGUUUGUUUUAGGCAGCUAAAAUACGUUUUGUCGCUGCCCCCAUCCCUAGCAGUGCAUGGCUUAGCUUCUUUUCAUCCGUUUCUCCUAACUGGGUGCAUGCAGACCUCAUACCCAAACUAUCCCUUUACCUCUGAAAGGGAGCCUACUGAAAAAAGACACAUUACAUUUCAUGGUAACGUAGGUUAAUUAACCAGCGAAUGAUUUUAAUUGGUGUAUUGAGAACUUGAGCUCUCCUUUAAUGAGUAGGUAAGACUCCUGUGUGUUUGUGUUUUCCUCAUAGGCAGCACUUUAAGUUCUAUUUUCUGUUGCAACUUGUCAUCCAGCGUUCAGAAGGGUCCACCUGUGUUAUGGACGAGUUCUCUCUUUUAAGUUGUGAGGUCAGAAGAAACAUCUAGUGAUUUAACUUGGAGUGUAUUUUUUUAUUAUUGCACGGCUAUGAGCUUAAAAAUCGCAGUAAGCUUCAUACAGUAUAUGUACGUGAUGAAAAGUGUGAUGAAGCGAUACAGGAAAGCUCUGUGGGAGUUUGUACGCGUAUUUGUGUUGAGUAUUUCUGGUGUCCUGCUCUGCUUUGUUCAAGCCUUACUCAUACAUACUUUAUAUACAGUAUACUAUACUUCUGUGCUGGUAUGUCCUCUCUCCAUAUUUUUAAUUUCAUCCAAAUUAAUUUAUUACUGUAAAUUACUUUUCAUGUAAAUGAAUUGGUGUGAUUUAUCCUACAACUUGUCUGACCUACUUGAUCGUUUUUGAUAAUGUUUACAGAAUAACUGUUUUUAACUGCUCUUGCAGUAUCUUGCGUAUUUGAAUUUCAGUAACAAAGUGUUAACAUCAUGUAAACUGUCUCUGCUUAAAAACCUAUACAGGAAUGAAUAACUGAACAAUUCAUACCAAAUAAAUACUAUAUGUGUGACAUCU